UUAGCUCUCAGCUGUGCGCCGCGACGCUUGUCGAAAUUUUAUUUGCUGUGACGUGGAAUGUGGAAGUGAGGAAUUGAGCGAAAUUUAACUGAAAGCGAAAAACGGCAUAAUUUGACAAAAGCGAUAUUUGAGAAAAGGAAAAUAAAUAAAAAUUGAAAAAAAAACUGAAAUUUUUUUUUUUUUAAUUUAAAAUAAAAGAACUUCAAAAAAAAGUAUUCAAAACAAACAAAAGAAAAUAAAAAAAAUCAAAAAACAAUAAUUUAAAAAAAAUAAAAAAAAAAUAAAUUUCAAAAAAUUAAAAAAAAGAACAAAACUAUUUUUAAGCACAACUAAACAGUUAUAAACAAAAGUGCAGCAAAAACAAGUGUUUUUCCUAAAACUUUGCACAUUUUAACGGCAUUUUGUGCGUCAUUGUAAGCAGCGGCAGACGUCUGCGUCCACACCAGCGACCAAAUUUGAACAAAUUUGCGCGUGGAACAACUGAAUAUCAACAUAAGCGGCGUUGAAAACAACAACGAAAUUUCUUUCAAAAGGAAGCAGUUAUAACUGGAUAACUAAUCAAUCGUUUGAUUAAGAUACGAUCAGAAGCAACCAAAAAUGUCGGACACAUUGAGUCGAGUUAAGCUACAAUUGCGCCCAGUCAACGGCAGCGUUCUCAACGGUAAUGGCGACGAUAAGUCACCACCUUCACCGGCCACAAAACUACUGAUCAAUCACGGUAAACCGAACUAUACCAUACAGCGUUCACCGAAGGCACAACAAAAUGGCGGCGUCAAUCCGUUAAAUAAUGAAUUACAAAAUAACAACCGCAACAACUACUAUCCAUACAAAAGCGCCGGUGUUAAGGGCACCACGGGCGUCUUCACUAACGGCACUGCCAUAAAAACCAAUGGCGCUACAAACAACAAUAAUAAUAACAACAGCAGCAGUAAUAGCAGUCAGAAUGGCGAUGGCGAAUUGAUCAUACAGAGCACCAAAUUCAAUGGUGUCUUCAAGCCCGCCAACGUACAGAGGUUGGAGAGUACUGAUGAAGCUGAUAUCCCAGUUGUGCUGAGGCGUGUACCGAAGCCGGAAGCAACGCCAGCACCGGCUGAGAAUGGCAAUGAUGAAAAUGUGCCCGAGUUUAUACUACGUCAGCGUCGUAUACAAGAGCGUUUAGCUAAGGAGAACAUCCUGGACUUUGAAAAUCGGCGCAGCGGCUACUUCACACACGUUGUCAUAUCGCCAUCUUCACCGAAUCGCCAGUCUUUGGUGGAGACUAUGUCCAGUCCACCGAUUGUGCCAUCUUUGGAGAUACCGCCGCCUGCUAAAGAGACGAGAGAGGCAUCCAUAGCCGAAGAGAAUAAUGCUGAAGUAAGUGCCGCCGUCAAUGAUGAGACACCAGCACAUGAAGAAAGCGUGGCAGUGGCUACUAGUGCACAGGUUGAAGAAGAAGAAGUGGCCAAGGCAAUUGAAGAGGUUAACAAAGCGGUGGCUGGCGAAGUGGAUGAUGAAAAACCAGAAGAGCAGGCAGUUGAAGAAACAGUUGCAGUCGCAGCUGAAAUUAAAGUGGAUGCUCAAGAGCAAGCCGUUGCAGAGCACAAAGUUGAAGAACAGCAGAGUGUCGCACAGGAGGAGACCAAACUUGAAAGUGCGGAGCACAAAGUUGAAGAACAGCAAAGUGUGGCACAGGAGGAGAGCAAAAUUGAAGUGGUACAGGCUGAGGAACCAAAAGUCGAAGAAAUACAAACGCCUGUUGUAACUAUUGCAGUAACGAGCGCACCUUUAGUUGCAGAAGAAGAGCCACAAGAGUUGUCUGCUGAAGCAGCAGUAGCACCGACAGCUGAUUUGGCAGCUGAGCCACAGAGAGUAGUCGAAGUAGCAGAACAAGCCGAAGCUGUUGUAGUAACAACAAGUUCAGUCGAGUCAGUCGAGGUACCAAAAGAAAACGGAGUUGUUACUGCAGCCGAAACACCAAAAACGAAUGGUCACGCUGAGGAAGAUGUCACCAUUUCACAUACAAACGGCGUCGCUAACGGCUUAACUAAUGGACAUGCCACACCCAGUCUGCCUACACCCGAUCCCAGCGGUGCUUUGGGUGUUAACUACGAACCAAAGACAGUGGUUUCCUUUUCAAAGGAUUUAGAUGCACCAAACAAGUAUCCCGAUACAGUUAAGGUCACGAAAACAGUUGAAGAAAAUGGCGAAAAGAAAACAGUUGUGGAUCCGGCGAGCGAAGAGCUAAGGGAGUUGGCGAAAUUGAAAUUCGACAUUAAAGCCGACGAGAAUGAUGUACAAGUGACGCCCGUAUUGCGAGCCGACUAGAGUGAGCGAGCACAGUCAACGCAAAAAUUAGGGGUUACUGAGCUGAAAGAGCGCAGUAAUAAGCCAAUCGGGGGUUAUCUAAUAUACCUAUGUACAUACUAUUUAUGUUUGUCCAAACAAACACAGCAUAAACGGGGGGAAACGUCACUUCAAAAUAGGGGAAAAAUAAGUUGCUUUAAAAGUGCCGCAGUAGCCGAGAGUCUGUUGGGAUCAUGCUUAGGAAAAGUUGUUGGUAUUAGCAAAAAUUAUGAUUGCCAAGCGUGGGAUAAGUGCAUUAUAGCCAUAAGUGACGACAGUUUUAGCGCACACUGUUCGUUAUUAAAUAAAAUUAUUAUUAUUAUUAUUGUAUUGUAAUUUUUAUUAAAUUGUAACAUUAUAUAAUUUUGUUUUAUAUUAUUUAAGUCAAAAAAGUUGCCAAAUUCAUUUUAUUAUUGUACAAUAAAUUAAAAAUAAAUAUAUACACAAUCGUUUAAGCAUUAACAGCGUUGGAACGACUGAAAAUGGACUAUAUUUUUAUUUUUAAAUGGCAACUGUGGCAUGCCCGUAGAAAUGCUUAAAGAUUUUGAAAGUUUCAAUGCCAGAAGGGAAUGCAAAAUUGGUAUGGAAAGGAAUAUGGAAUAACUGGGGAUGGAACAUAAUAUUUGUUCAAUAAUAGUUUUGUAGUGGUAUUGACGAAUUGAUAAGGGAAUGAUGGGAAUGCGAAAUUGGAUUUGAAAUUAAUAUGGAACAUUUGGGAAUGGAACAUAUUUUUUGGAAAAUAAUAGUUGUGUAAUGGAAUCGAAGAAUUUAUAAAGGAAUGGUGUGAAUGCAAAAUUGGUAUGGAAAGUAGUAUGGAACAUCUUGGAAUGGAACAUAAUUCUUGUUCAAUAAUAGUUAUGUAGUCGAAUUGAAAAAUUGAUAAGGGAAUGAUGGGAAUGCGAAAUUGAUUUGAAAUUAAUAUGGAACAUUUGGGAAUGGAACAUAUUUUUUGUAGAAUAAUAGUCGCGAAUUGAAGAAUUUAUAAAGGAAUGGUGGGAAUGGAAAUUGAUAUGGAAAGUAAUAUGGAAUAUCUCGGAAUGGAACAUAAUUCCUUUUCAAUAAUAGUUAUGUAGUGGAAUUGAAGAAUUGAUAAGAAAUGAUGGUAAAGCGCAAUUGAAUUUGAAACUAAUAUGGAACAUUUGGGAAUAGAACAUAAUUCUAAUUCUAUAUUAAUUGUGUAGUUUUUACUGAUCAAACAGUCUAAAAAGUAUAGCAGCGUCUUUCCGACAAAUUUUAUAACACAUAAUUCACAACAAAACAAAAAAAUAAAAAAUACAAAUUUAAAAACUACAUAGUUUCUUUUCAUUAAGGAACAAAUGAGAAUAGAACAAUAAAAAAAUAAAUUUUGUGGUAAAUUUGUAAACUUUACGGAGAUAUUUUCAACACAUUAUAAUCGAUUCAUAUAAAUGAAUACUAAAGAAGCCAAUUUAUGUUUUAAAACAGCUGAAAUUGAAAUAGAUACGCUUGGAAUUGAAACGUAGAAUUCAGGAAGUGACUACUUUAGGACAUAUUACAGACCGGGCUUUGAAUGUAUGAGCUUGGAGUCACAACAAAAAGUAAAAAAAAAAUAUUUGAAACGCAAUGCAUUUUAAACAAGGAACAAAUGAAAGUGGAACGUUCAAAUUUUUAAAAUUGUUGCAAUGAAUUACUAAAAAUUUUUUUUGUUUUCCAUUUUCGAAAAUAAAUAUUCAGGGGAACAGUAGAAAAUGGAACAUGAGAGAACAAAUGAGAAUGUAACUAUAAAAUUUUUAAAAUUGUUGCAAUGAACUACCAGAAAAAAAUAGUUACGUUUGCUUUUUUGAAAAAAGAUAUUUAAUGGUACAAUUGAAAGUGAAACAUGAGAGCACAAAUGAGAAUGGAACGAUAAAAAUUGUAAAAUUGUUGCAAUGAAUUUAUAAAAAAAUUUAGUUUUCCAUUUUUGAAAAUAAAUAUUCAUCGGAACAAUUGAAAAUGAAACAUGAGAGAACAAAUAAGAAUGGAAUGAUCAAAAUUUUAAAAUUGUUGCAAUGAAUUACUUAAAAAUUUAGUAACGUUUUCCAUUUUCAAAAAAAAUAUUCAACGGAUUAAUUGAGAAUGAAACAUGAGGGAACAAGUGAGAAUGGAACGAUAAACAUUUCAUAAUUGUUGCAAGGAAUUAGUAAAAAAAUUUAGUUACGUUUUCCCUUUUCAAAAAUAAAUAUUCAAAGGAACAAUUGAAAAUGAAUCUUGAGAGAACAAAUGAGAAUGAAACGCUGCAAGUUUUAAAAUUGUUGCAAUGAAUUACUAAACAAAAUAAGUUACGUUUUCCAUUUUUAAAAAUAAAUAUUCACCAGAACAAGUGAAAAUGAAACAUAAGGGAACUAAUGAGAAUGGAACGAUCAAAAUUUUAAUAUUAUUACAAUGAAUUACUAGAAAACUAGUUAACGUAAUUAAUUCCAUUUUCGAAAAUAAAUAUUCUGCGGAAUAAUUGAAAAUGAAACAUGAGGGAACAAAUGAGAAUGGAACGAAAAAAAAAUUAAAAUUGUUGCAAUGCAUUGCUAAAUAAAUUUAGUGACGUUUUCAUUUUCGAAAAAAAUAUUCAACGGAACAAUUGAAAAUAAAACAAAAUGAAAACAAUUUGGUACACCAUACAUUUUAAACAAGGAACAAAUGAGAAUGGAACAUUAAAAUUUUUAAAUUGUUGCCAUGAAUUACUAAAAACAAUUUAUUACGUUUACCGCUUUCGAAAAUAAAUAUUCAACGGAACAAUUGAAAAUGAAUUUGGAAUAUACACAAAAUUAAACGAAUAAAUUUUAAAAAGAUACUACAUACAUAUGUAUGCAUUAAUAAAAACGAAUUGCAAACGAAAAGCAUAUUUGAACAUCUGAAAUAAAAUCUGGAACGCGUGAUAUUGAAACACUCGUUUUUGAAAAGCAGCUAAAUAUUACGCCUAAUGCAUAGACCCACUCAUUUUUAAGCUACGACAAAUGUUAGUGAAAUAUGUUUCUUUAUGCAAGGAAAUAUGUACAUAGCUAUGUAUGUAUAGUGAAAAUGGAAGCGAUAUUGCUUGGAACAAAAGAAAAAAAUCUUCGAGUAUUUUUUUAAGCUGAAAAUAUCCUACAGAAGCAUUUAAUAAUUGCAAGAAAUGGUUAAGGUGCUUGUUUUUUUUAUUUUGUCGAUAAAGAUAUUAUACACAAAUCUAAUCUUAAUAUAAUCUUCGUUUCGGUUAUUUAUUGGUGAAAUAUCUGGAUGCUGUUGAAUCAAAAGAUAUCACUACAUUAAUGAGGGCAAAAUCUUCGUUGUUGUUAAUGCACGUUUUGUUGCUAUUUUUGUAUGUGCAUUCCUUCACUGAGCUCAAGGAAACAACCCGUUCAGUUUUUGUUGGAGUUUUUGAUUUUUUCUUCAAACAAGUUGGAUAAAAGGAUACCAUUUUACUUUUUAUUUGUAAUGGUUGCAACAUAUAUGUAUAAAAAUCAUAAUUAUCAAUCUUAUGUAUAUGUUCCUAGCAACACUAUUAGUUCGCUAGUUUCAUGUCAGUAACGUUCCACUCAGCACUCAACCGCACAUAAAAUUAUUCAGAGCAAAUAUUGUACACUUGGACAUUAAGGUGAACCUUUUUUAGUGACAUUUAUAAUGUUGUUACUAAAAUUACGUUAUUGGCACGAAGGAAACGUUCUGGAAUGA